UCUCUCAAAAAACCCUCCCUUUCUUCCAAAAAAAACACAUCUUUGAUCUGUUUCUCAGCUGAAAAAAGCUCAACUUCCCGUUUCUCUUUCUGGGGUUUUUCAUGGAUUCAUCUUCUUCAACCACAACGCCGCGUAGCUUCUUCUUGGACGAAAAAUGGAAGCUUUCGAAGAGAGAAAGCUUCUCUUCGUCAUCGAAUUCGUCGUCUUUCACGGUGAGGAGUACGCCGGCGGCGGCGGCGAAACGAUGCGCCUUCACGAGGAAAUGUGCCAAGUUAGUGAAGGAACAAAGAGCUCGGUUCUACAUCAUGCGGCGCUGCGUUGCCAUGCUCGUCUGCUGGCGUGAUUGCGCCGAUUCUUGAACCGAAUUCUGAAAUUUAAUCUCGAGAGAACAAAGCUUGGGAUUUUGGAUUUAUUAAUGGCGUCCAAGCAACAACAAUAUAUAUACACAUGUAUAUAGAGAUUUUAGGACUAGAAUUAGGCUCUUGGGAUUUUUAUUUUAUUUGUAAGAGGUAAUGAAUCUUCUC